ACAAAACACAGUUUUCAUGGCUCCAUACAUGAAUCACCUUAAGUUCUUGCAAACCAUCUCCUUUCUAUAUGCAUUGGUGACAGUGAAGAAUGUGACUGGAUCAUCAGUAAGCCAUGAUGAAGAAUGCUCAGCCUUGUUUCAGUUUAAGCAGAGCAUAAUUCAUCAAGAUGAUGCUGCUUGUGCUGCUCAUGGCUCUCAAGUGUUCCAUUCUUGGAACACUAGUUUUGAUUGUUGUUCAUGGGAGGGGGUUGCAUGCAGCAAUGACCAUGAUCAAUAUGGCCAUGUGAUAGGCCUUGACUUGAGUGAGAGGUCUCUUUGUGCGCAUAUCAAAUCCAACACCACUCUCUUCAACCUUCUUCAUCUUCAGACACUCAACCUUUCUGGGAAUGACUUUGGUGAAUCUCAAAUUCCUUCUGAGAUUGCUCGUCUAAAGCAAUUAAGAAGCCUCGAUCUCUCUUAUUCUGGGUUUAGUGGUCAAAUCCCGAAUGGAAUCUUGCAGUUGAUGCAAUUGUCUUCUUUAGAUUUGUCAGGAAAUUCACUAAAGCUUCACAGUCCUAGCCUCAAGAAUCUAGUGCAAAACUUAACAUUGCUUGAAGAAAUCCAUCUCUCUGGGGUUGACAUAAGUUCUUCUGUACCUCAUUUCUUGGCCAACUUUUCUUCUUUGAGAUCACUCAAGCUAAGAGAUUGUUCGCUUGGGAAUGAAUUCCCUGCAGCCAUACUUGAGCUGCCAAAGUUGCAAGUUCUUAACUUGGCAGACAAUACCAACCUGGCUGGUUCCUUUCCAGAAUUUCAUGGCAAAAGCUUACUAAAAGAGGUGAUACUAGGUGGCACAGGUUUCUUUGGGAUUAUACAAGAAUCCAUAAGCCACCUCAAGCAUUUGACAGUCUUGUCCCUUAGUUAUUGCUCUUUCUCGGGGCGCAUUCCACGUUCACUCUCUAACUUGACGCAACUCACUUACUUGGCUAUUGGUGGCAAUCAGUUCACAGGUUCACUUCCUUCGUUGGCAUGGAGAAAUAUUUAACAAAGAGAAAAAUUUCGGAUUCAUCAGAGGCAUCUAAUGUUGAUUUUUCUAAACAUAGCCGUGUGGAAAUCAAUUUACCAGAUCUUCCCUCAGACCCUGGAAUGAGGACUAGGAUUUUAGAUUAUGAUCCUAAUGUUCGAGACGAAGUUCGAAGAGCAUACCUCUUAAAAGGGCCUUGCCAACCUAAAUCUCACGAGUUUCUUUACACUCUUUUUGGCAAAAAACCACGAAGAUUUAAUGUUGCUUGGUUUAAUGUUAAAGAAUAUUCUACAUGGCUAGAAUAUAGUGUAACUCAAAAUGUUGUGUAUUGCUUAUAUUGUUAUUUAUUCAAACCAUAUGUUGGAGCACAAGGAGGCGGUGAAACGUUUGUUAGUGUGGGAUUUGAAAAUUGGGGACAUAAAGAAAAGUUGAAUCAACAUGUUGGAGGUUUCAAGAGUGUUCACAACCAAGCAUGGUCCAAGUGCAAGGAUUUAUUGAACAACAAACAACGUGUUGAUGUUGCGUUUGCAAAGCAUUUAACACAAAGUUCAAUAGACUAUGAUAUACGAUUGGAUGCAUCAAUUGAUUGUAUUCGAUUUCUAUUAAGACAAGGUCUUGCAUUUAGAGGACAUGAUGAAAGUGAAACUUCAGCUAACAGAGGGAACUUUAUAGAGUUGUUGCAAUUUCUAGCUGAUCAUAAUCAAAGCAUUAAAGAUGUUACUUUCAAUAAUGCUCCUUUGAAUCUAAAGUUGACUUCACCAGAUAUCCAAAAAGACAUUGUUCAUGCGGCUGCAAUUGGAACAACGAAGCUCAUUAUAAAUGAUAUUGGCGAAUGUUUUUUUCUCUCUCCUUGUCGAUGAAUCUCGUGAUAUUUCGAUUAAAGAGCAAAUGAGUGUUGUGUUGCGGUAUGUAGAUGUAGAAGGUCGUGUAAUUGAACGCUUUCUAGGUAUUGAGCAUGUC